GUUUGGGUUGAUGCAGCUGUGCAAGUAUUUUAUUCAGUUGGCGUUGGCUUUGGAGUCCAUUUAACAUAUGCAUCUUAUAACAACUUUCACAAUAACUGUUACAGAGAUUGUCUCUUCACUGUGGCGGUAAACAGUUUCACCAGUUUUUACAGUGGUUUCGUGAUUUUUGCUUAUUUGGGUUAUAUGGCCAACAAAGAGAGUCUCCCAAUCUCUGAAGUCGCAACUGAAGGUCAUGGUCUCGUCUUUCAAGUGUACCCUGAAGCAAUAGCCACUCUACCAGGAGGACCGUUUUGGGCUGUUUUGUUUUUCACCAUGCUUCUUACUCUUGGGCUUGACAGUGCGAUGGGCGGUUUGGAAUCUGUUAUAACAGGAAUCUUGGAUGAAUGCAGCGUUCAUUUCACAAAAUGGAGUCUGAAUAGAGAAAUAUUCACAGCUCUUGUUCUAGCCUCGUCAUUUUGCGUUUCGUUAGUCAACGUAACCAGAGGCGGUGGUUACAUGAUGUAUUGGUUUGAUACCUAUUCGGCUGGGAUUUCGUUGUUAUGUGCUGCUCUUUUCGAAGCUAUUGGUGUUGCCUGGAUAUAUGGUUUGGAUAGGUUUUGCGACAAUAUACAAGAAAUGAUGGGAUUUAUUCCUGGUUUGUUUUGGAGAUUAUGUUGGAAAGUAAUCAGUCCAUUUUUCUUAGUUGCUGUAAUUGUAUCUGCCAUCAUCAGCAACACUACACUUCAGUACCAAGAUUACGUUUAUCCUCCUUGGGCAGUGGGAUUAGGUUGGGGUUUUGCUCUCUCUUCUGUAGCUAUGGUUCCCAUUGUUGCAAUCUACAAACUCUCAAAAGCGCCCGGAAACACUUGUUCAGAGAAACUGGCCUACACAAUUACGCCUGAAGAAGAAAGGGAUGUGCUGGAAGACGGUGAUGUGAAACGUUUCAAAUGGAAGCACUGGGUUUAUGUGUGAAUUUACAGAGACUGCUGGGGAAGAUUAAUUGCUUUCAUCGGAAGUCAUAUGGAAGCAACUUCUUCAGAAGGAACCAAAAGGCUUCAACUUGAUGAAGAAACAUUGCGAUAUUUUCUGCGGAGAAGACUAUUACUGCAAUGCAUGCAUAAAGAUAUAUUUAAAACAUUACCUUUUGAAAAACUCUUGGCAUCUCACGGAGUUUAUAGUCACAUCAAUGAUGCCCUUAACAAGAGGACCCGAAUUUCGAAAUGGAGGGCGUAUAAUAUAUAAAUAAAUCUGAGUAGAGAAAACCGGUUCUUUGUUGCUGUCAUCCAUGUCAACUAUAGCCGUGAAUAAUUUGACUUCGGCACAUGUAGAAAAGCUUUGUACCAAGUUCAACAAAUAAUCAAAUGAAUCUUUUCGGUUAGUCGUGCUUUUAUGCUUUACUGCCCGGAAAUAAGAAAUGGAAUGUAAAUCCAAUAUUUUUUUGUUCUUUAUUAAGCAGUUAAAAUGCACCCUCAGAACUAUAUAAUUAAGCUUCUUAUUUUUGAGAGGUCAGUCUCAUAAAUGAUACACAAAUGUUUAAAAUUGUCUUUUUCUCAAACUGUUGAUGGAACUCAUGAACUACACUUUUUAAGUCACACUUAAAAUGUAAAACUCCUAAAGAAAUGUGAAUAUAGUCAGUAAGUUUAUGCCGGCAUAUAGAAAGUCUUUUUAAGCAAGUACUUUUUCCGUUUCCUUUUCAACUUAAAAGUCUUAACGUUUUCCAUUUAUUUAGUCUAAUCAAUCACUAAUACUACUGCAUUUUCUAUUUAGAAUAAUUAUUUGCCUCCGAGUUGUGUACCUAAAAUAUGAUUUUAACUGGGUUUUUUUCAACGCACUUUUCUUUAAAAAAAAAUAACAAUGCCUGAAAUAAAUCUGAUGUUUCAAAUUUCGCCGUUUAAUAAUUUAGAAUGGUAAAAUAUUAUCUUUCAGAGCAAAGAAUUCUAGUUUUUUAGAACAAAUAUCUUUUAUACUUUUAAUGGCCAGUAACUGAAUAUCCAUUUCUAUAUCUUAAUAAUUUCCAAUUAAAAAUUACUGGUGAAAAAAAAUUACAUGUAGUAUAAAAAAUUUACACUCAUCAAAUUUGAAAACAGACUUAAAUUAAUCAUACAAGGUUAAUUUAUAUUAUUAUUCUAAUACAGAUUUAACAUGCAUUAGGUUGUAGAGAGAAUUUCAUGUUUCUUAUAUUUUCUUAGGUUUCAUUGCUUAAUAUGUGUGUAAGUGUUUCUCUCGAAAAAAAAUUCAAAGUAGAUUUGUAUAAAUUUGUAAGCAUGUUUUAAAAAUUUUAGUAAUUUCACGCUUGUCAGGGCUAGGAUUAAUAUUAAUGAGGUAACGUAUGCUUCUGUAAACUAAUUUUACACAAAAUUAGAAAUCCUUUUAUAGAUUUUUCAAACUUAAUUACUUUACGAAUACAGUCGAAUUUACGCGUGAGAAAAUUAAGAAAUAUUUGUCAUUUUUUACCACCUUUGUAAAACGAUAAAACUCCAAGACUUUUUUUUUUUUUUUUUUUUUUUUUUUCCCAUGAAGGAAACGUUUAAAUUAUUAGCUCAGUUUUUAGUUUCCUAGCUUUCUUUUAACAAGUACUUCUAAUUAUUUUCUUAGAAGUAACUAGUCAUUCAUUAAUAUUUGUCACAGACAUCCUUAAUCACUUUUAAGACCCCCUUAAUAUAUACAACAUACUUCAAGUACGCAGUGAAUACUUUUUGGAAGUAGUAAAUAUUUUAAAAUAAAAUUAAGUUUCAAGGGUUUCUUUAUAUAUGACGUUUUUUAAAAAGUGUACGUAUAAAGUUCUUUUAACAUUUCUGAUUUCUACUCAUUGAAUUUUCUCGUCGUUAAUUAAACUUGCCUUUCUUUCAUGGCUAAUUGUAGAUUUAUGCUAUUACAUUCUUCUUCUUUUAUUUAAUACUGCAUGCAUCUAUUUUACAUAAAUUAACAACAAGUACUUUAAAAAAAACAUCAGAUGUUUAUUAAACGCUAUUUAUUCUUGCUUUACAAAAGAGGGUUUCAGGUGCUUUACUUAAUUUUAUUCCAUUUGCCUCUGUAUCAAUAUUAUAUUUCAUAACUUAAGAAAUAAGGCCAAUUUCCAUUCAAUGACUCAAUAUUUUAUAUUCAAUGUUAAAUGCAAAACAUUUUUAAAAAUGUGUGCACUUCUUAGUUAUAUUAAUGUCGCAGUUUCGUUGAAAAUUCUGUGCACUAAAUUUUAGCAUGCACUCUCAAGCUUUUAAAUUCAUUUCAGUAUAAUUUGUGUUAUAUAAACGAGACAGAAGGCAGUAACAGAACAAAACAAAAUUUUCAGAAUUUAGUUUUGUUUGUUUGAUUGAAUUUUUCAAAAUUGCAAUCUUCAUUAUUUCUGCCAAAUUUCAACAUGUUUUUCAGUUGUAAAAUUGAAUUUAACUCUAUAAAAAUAUGAAAAUUAUUAAUCGGUAAAAUUUUAUUUUAUAAAAAGUUUAAAUACUAAAUCAUCUCAGCUUUUAGGUUAUAAAAUUUGACUAUUACUAAAUGAUCAAAUGGCUUUAUGAAUUUUAAUAACAUAUGUCUACCGUAUUUUUUUUUUUUUUUUUUUUUUUUUUUUUUUUUUUUUAUCAUGGAAGAACGUCGAAACAUAAAAAAAGCAUGUUAGCAUGUUCUUACUGUCAACAGUAUAAAAUGUGUUAAUUCCUAUAAAAUGUUACAAAUUUUGAAGUAAUAUUUUAAAUUUUGUUGAAUUCGAUGGAUUAGCGUGCUUCAUUAAAUAUGUCACCAGUGUAACAAGAUAUUAGUAGCAGAAACUGCGUACAUAAACUAACAAUGGUGGUUGUUUGUAAUGGAAUUAUGUGCUUAGAAUUUGUGACGGAAAACGAUUUUUGAGGUUUCAAAAUUUCUAUUCGUUAGUGGUGCCAUCUUUUGAUGCUUUAUACACUUAAACCGUCUCUGUUCUCGUAAAUAUAGUGGAUCGCUACUGCUGAUUUGGGGGAAGGAAAAAGUUUGUUCUAAGAUUUCAUACACAAACUAAAUUUGUCAGCUACUUUACAUAUUUGCUUUGUUUUACAAUAAACUGGAGAACUUGUAUGUAUUAGAAUGUAUUACAAACUGUGGCUGUAUCAUAACAAUUGUUGUAUUUGCUUGCAUCUGUUUGUAGUAAAAUAUAUUUGUAUGUAAAUGUGUUUACUGUAUUUUGAUAGUUGUUAUAUUAAAAACUUCUCGUCAAAAUGUUAUCACUAUGCGAGUGACAUUGCUAUUCUGUGUUAUUUUGUUGUAAAUUCCGAAGUUCAUAAAAGCUGGUCUUGAUGUUAUGUCAAAGCUUUUUAUGUAUUUACGUAUAAUAUAAAACGACAGCGUGAAAUAUUGGUGCAUAUUUAUGUUGUACAAAACGCUAAAUAUAUGUAAUAAAUAUUAAUUUAACAUUUA